GUGGUGUAUAUUUCCAAAGCAUAAAAGCAAUGUCAGAUUUACAGAAAAAGCCAUGUACCUUGUGACAUGACGUUAUAAGCACGCGACGCUUGCUUGGCAGUCACGUGAGGCGGGGUGUGAAGGAAGACAACAGUGUAAAUUCAUCUGCACUACCUAAAAAUGACCACCGCUCUGACCCAAGGUUUAGAGAGAAUACCCGAUCAGACUGGGUAUUUGGUUAUUAGUGAGGAAGGUGUACUUGCGUCUGCAGGAGAGCUGGAAAAUGACGAGCACACGGCAGGAGUGAUCAUGCAGAUGGUCAGAACAGCUUGUCGUUUUAGAUUGCAUGGGACAGCUGAGCCCCCUUUCAAACGCAUGUCAGUGAUGUUUGAAGACUACGUUUAUGCUGUGACGAUCUCCGGACAGAAGGUUUUUGUAGUCAAAAGGCAGAACAACCAGCGGGAACCUGUUAUUGUGUAGUAAAGUGGAUAAUAUGGACUGCCUUACCCAUUAUUACAAGCUCAAAAUGGUGCCCUCACAUUGAAACGACCCAGGCAUUACAACCAUCUGAUGUUUAGCACAAUCACACUCAAUUUCUUUUAUGAAAAGACUUUAGUACACCAAUUUGGGGGUGGCGUCAGGUGUAUUUGACCUAAGCCAGAGUGAGUUGAUGUUUUUUUUCUUAUACAUUUACAAUGUUACAGACUGGUUAAGGGAUUCAUCUUCUAUCUUUUAAUGCAGGAGUAAAUGCUGUCAACGUUUUAGCCCCCAUUUAUGCUUGAGUGGUCACAUUUAAGGUAUUACUGGAGUUUAUCAUACAUGUGUAUUUACAUUUAACCCAUGCAAUCCAUUAACCUAUGGUUUUCUUAUACAAAUACAGGACCUUGAGAACCUGCUUAUUGCAUUGUAUCUUCACGCAGGAAUCAUAAUAGAAUCAUACAGACAUGCAUUAGUCACGGAAGCAGUUUGCUGACGACAAUGUUACACUGGGUGUUAUAAUUUCAUUCGAAGUUUCAUAUUCCAGUCUUAACGUAAAGCGUGAGACCUUGUUGUUAUAUGAAUUUAUUUUCCCUUGGGUCUGUGAAAGCAGGAAUUUAAGUGCACUGAAUGCUUUUUACAGUCUGUUUCCAAAUGUGUUCAAUUAACAGGCUUGAAAUCACUUGAAAUUUGAAUAAUUGCAUUAACAGUAAUAUAUUAAAUAAAGUACUAUGCAUAUUUUA